ACAGACAUUGAUGCCUUCUAUAGUAGUUUGAUAUACUAACUGGAGGGGAGUCUGACAGUGUUGCACCCUUCACCCUUUGUGCCAUGGCCAUAGCCGUGUACAUUUGGGCAGCAAUAGAGAGAGUGAAAGAGUGUCGUGCUGGAUACUGGACCAUUGUUCUUGGGGCCCUUAGUGGCUUUCUGUACUAUUGGGGCUCUUUAGGGCACUAUGGUGUACUACCCUUGUGUUGUAGCCUCUUCGGGUACUAUGUGCUUGUGGGCAGAGGAGCAGGGUUGCUGCCGGUACAUGGAAAAGCAGUGCUAGUUACAGGUUGUGAUACAGGUUUUGGUCAUGCCCUGGCGAAGCUGCUGAGCGACAUGGGAGUGACGGUGUUUGCUGGGGUUUUGGAUGAGGAUGGUGCUGGAGCUCAGGGCCUGAGGAGACACAGUUCGAAAGACCUGCAGGUCCUGCAGCUGGAUGUGACGGACCACUCCCAGAUAGAGCAGGCUCACCGGUAUGUCUGCUCCCACGUCGGAGAGAAAGGUCUGUGGGGUCUGGUGAAUAACGCAGGGAUCCUAGGCUAUCCAGCUGACGGGGAGCUCCAGCCUUUGGCCACUUACAGACGCUGCAUGGAUGUGAACUUUAUGUCCACUGUGGAAAUGUGCCAGGUUUUCCUCCCACUGCUGCGCAAGUCCAGAGGAAGGAUAGUCAACAUGUUAAGCAUGGCAGGCGAGGUGCCCAUGCCAAUGUUAUGUGCCUAUGGCGCGUCUAAGGCAGCGCUGGGCAACUUUUCCAGGGUGAUGAAAAUGGAGCUGGAUGCGUGGGGUGUCAAAGUAGCCAUAGUUCAACCAUCUGGCUUCAGAACAAAUAUUUUCAAUAGCGACAAGGAAUGGAGCUGCCAUCAGGAGGAGAUCCUCAGUAAUCUCCCCUCAGACACGAGGGAGGACUAUGGGGAGGAAUACAUUUCCUCUCUUCGAGGCUGUCUUUUAGAGAUGGCCAACCAGUCCUUGGAAGACCUACGUCCCGUGCUCAAGGACAUCUGCCACGCCCUGAUGUCAGUGGCCCCUAAAUCUCUCUACACUCCAGGGCGAGGAGGCUGGCUCCUCCCAUUCUUCUACCGCAUCUGCCCCAACGCGAUCUCUGACGUCAUUCUAAAGCGCCUCUUUAAAUUAGUUGACGCUCAGCCAGAGGGGUUGAGAAUGAAAGUAAGUGGGACUGAAUAA